AUGACCUGUUCGAUUGCUUUGCUACAAUCGCUACUCCGACCCAUAUUACUCGUCCAUCGCAAUUGCAUCCAGAAGCAACACGUGAAGAUGCAGAUCGCCUUGCAGCUUCUCGUCGCCGCUGCUUACGUCGCCGAUGCCUCUGUCAUUAAGCUUCGCGCUCAUCAACAUCGUCACCACCAUCGUCACCACUUGGUAACGGAUACUUUUCUCCCGACUCGCAGCUUUCAGGACAGCAGCUUCUACGUCAACUUGACAGUCGGUACGACCCAUCCGGUCACGUACGAGAAUGUCAUGCUCGACUCGGGCAGCGGUCCGACAUGGGUCCNACCCUACAAGCCUGGACCGUCUGCCGUCGCAAGCAACGUUCUUCUCGCCGAGAUAUUUGCCGAUGGCACCUCUGCUAUCGGUAAUUUCUACACCGAUCAGGUCGCAGUCGGUGACGUUCACCUCAAGCUCGCUUUUGGAGGCAUCCCUGGCCAAAAAGGUCACGAAUCACCCGAUCCUUCGGCACAAGGUGGGAUCAUCGGUAUUGGCCCUCAAUCGCUUCAAGAUGAUGUGGUUACCGACGGUGGCGGCAAGGCUGGUCAAUACCCCAACUUCAUGGGAUCUCUCGUCAAGGCUGGCCUCAUCAAACGUAAUGUCAUCGGCCUUGGCUUCAGUAUGGCAGAUCUCUGGGAUGCCUCACCCGUCGACAAGGGCGGUAUUGUGCUUGGUGGCAUUGAUACCAGCGUCCUCAAGUCAGAAUCAGAAGUGACUUACUCCCCUCAUCUGCCACCCUGGAUCAAUGCGUUGAAACAGUCGCGCAACUACUGGGGCGUCUCUAUGCAGUUUCCCACGGCGGGCUCAACAUCGGCCACCUCUAAGGAUGCAUACACGGUAAUCGACACUGGUACAACAUUGACGACUCUGCGUGACGCCAACUUUCUGAAGUGGGCAGACCCGAUUCCUGGUAUGGCUUCAGGCAAGUUCGGCAUCUAUGGCUUCCCCAAAUCGUCGAUCCCGCUCGUUCAAGCGCUCGAUUUCAUCGUUGGCGGCAAGCGCUUCUCCGUGCCCAGCAAAGAGCUCAUCAUGUCGGAUGAGUAUGCAGCAGCCCAGGGUCUAGAUACUAAAAGCCUGGCUUACACGCAUGUCACUAAUGCUGGCGGUCUCGACCUCAACAUCUUUGGUGCGAUCAUGCUCACCAAGUUCUAUGUCGUACUCGACGACGAGGAGAAGCGGAUCGGCUUUGCGCUGACGGCUCAUUCUCCGCCUCAAUCCGCUUAGCUAUUACGUCAUGCGAUGAUAUGCAUUUCUUGCUGAGUAUACGAGACCUUUGUAAAGGACAAUAGGAAGAAAGCUAGGUGCAGCGGCAUGCUGAUCCAACACAACGAUCGAAGCUGGGUUCCUCUGGCGUGCAACACUUUGCGCGCUCGCAGCUUCAGACAGAAGAUACAUUGCCUCGCCAGAGCGCUGUCACAAGUCUAACUAUACUUUGUGGUCGCAAAGCCGAUUCUGGGCGGAUUGUUAUGCUCGUCAAUACAGACGUAGAGGUGAAUAAGGUGAUAAGC